AUAUCAAAAACCCUUGUUGUAGUUCCAGGGUUUUCCAGAGAAGUAAACUUUUUCCCUCUCUGCUCUUUGAAUCGAUCUCCACUCUCCUCUCAUCUUCUGAAUCUUGUAAGUUCAAAUCGAAAGCCGAGAUGCACGCCCCAGUCCUCGUCCUCAAAGAUUCACUGAAGCGGGAGUCUGGAAGUAAGGUGCACCAUGCCAAUAUCCAAGCAUCCAAGGCUGUUGCAGAUAUUAUACGUACCACUUUGGGUCCACGAUCAAUGUUGAAGAUGCUGCUUGAUGCUGGUGGAGGGAUUGUAGUGACAAAUGAUGGAAAUGCUAUUCUCCGUGAAUUAGACGUUGCACACCCCGCAGCAAAGUCAAUGAUUGAACUAAGUCGAACACAGGAUGAGGAGGUAGGAGAUGGGACAACAUCUGUGAUUGUGCUUGCUGGUGAAAUGCUCCAUGUUGCGGAAGCCUUCAUUGACAAGAAUUAUCAUCCAACAGUCAUCUGUAGAGCUUAUAAUAAAGCUCUAGAAGAUGCUGUUGCUGUGCUUGACAAAAUUGCAAUGACUGUAGACGUAAAGGAUCGUGGUUCAAUGUUGGGGCUUGUCAAGAGUUGUAUUGGUACAAAGUUUACCAGUCAAUUUGGGGAUCUGAUUGCUGACUUAGCAAUAGAUGCCACAACCACGGUCGGUGUGGAGGUCGGCCAAGGAUUGCGUGAGGUAGAUAUCAAGAAGUACAUUAAGGUAGAAAAGGUUCCUGGUGGUCAGUUGGAGGACUCAAAAGUUUUAAAAGGAGUCAUGAUUAACAAGGAUGUUGUUGCUCCUGGUAAAAUGAGAAGGAAGAUACUAAAUCCAAGAAUUAUUCUUCUCGAUUGUCCUCUUGAGUACAAGAAAGGUGAGAACCAAACGAAUGCGGAGUUGCUACGAGAAGAAGAUUGGAGUGUCUUACUGAAAAUGGAAGAGGAAUACAUUGAGAACCUAUGUAUGCAGAUACUAAAAUUCAAACCAGAUCUAGUAAUAACAGAAAAGGGGCUCAGUGAUCUUGCUUGCCAUUAUCUUAGCAAGGCUGGUGUCAGUGCAAUCAGAAGGCUAAGGAAGACUGACAACAACAGAAUUGCCAAGGCUUGUGGCGCAGUAAUUGUUAACAGACCUGACGAAUUGCAGGAAUCUGAUGUUGGUACUGGUGCUGGACUAUUUGAGGUACGAAAAAUUGGAGAUGAAUUCUUUGCUUUCAUUGUUGACUGCAAGGAUCCAAAAGCAUGCACAGUACUUCUUAGAGGUGCCAGCAAGGACCUGCUGAAUGAAGUGGAGAGAAAUUUACAGGAUGCAAUGUCUGUAGCAAGAAACAUAAUAAAAAAUCCAAAACUUGUUCCUGGUGGAGGUGCCACUGAGCUGACUGUAUCAGCUAUGUUAAAGCAGAAGAGCUCAUCCAUUGAAGGCAUAGAAAAGUGGCCUUAUGAAGCUGCUGCAAUUGCGUUUGAAGCUAUACCAAGAACUUUGGCCCAGAACUGUGGUGUCAAUGUGAUACGGACUAUGACUACUUUACAAGGAAAGCAUGCAAAUGGUGAGAAUGCAUGGAUUGGCAUAGAUGGGAAUACUGGUGAAAUUACGGACAUGAAAGAGCGUAAGAUAUGGGAUUCAUACACUGUAAAGGCGCAGGCAUUUAAGACAGCCAUUGAAGCUGCUUGCAUGCUUUUGAGAAUUGAUGAUAUAGUUAGCGGGAUCAAGAAGAAGCAGGCUCCUGGAGCAGGUCAGGGUCCGUCAAAGCCUAAAAUUGAGGACGAAGGUGAUGCAGACAAUGACAAUUUGAUUCCUGAAUGAGCAGAAGUACAGUUAGCUGGAUGGCAUUUCUGAUGUGUAAAUGAAGUUACAUUCGCUCCUCAAUCACACUCUUAAAAGAUUUGGGCAUUGCCAUCUUUUCCUGCUAUUCUGGCUGGAUGCAGAAUGCAUUGCCAUUUCAUUCCCGAUCGAGUUGCAGUUUAAGAUUAAUAUUUUCUUGUUUUUUUUUCACUUAAGGCCGACACUCGAUUCCUACUGAACUUAGAUUGUGGAUUUUGCUGACUUUUCUGAUGCACUUUUCGUGUCUGAAAUGCCAUUCUUGAAUUUUGUUCUCUAGGAACCAUAUGCCUAAAUUUGCAGGUAUGCCUCUGUGUGGCCCCAUUGUGCAAUGUUUGUAGAAUCUCCAGAAAUUAUUUGUUUCGGGUGGUGGACUCUAAAAACGAUCCGUACGUAUAACAUUGAUUUUCUGUCGCUA